AUGAACUCACAAGUCUCUAACAUCGUCAUCAUGCUUGUCAUGAUGCAAGCUUCUCGUCGUAUUGACAUGGAAAACGAAACUAACAUCUUCUACAUCAGAGCAGCAUACGGUACUUCUUUCAUCAUUGGGUUCCUAAUCUACCAAUUUGCUAGAAGAAAGAUUAUCAGCAGAAAUGAUAUCACUGAAUUGAAAUACAAACACAAAGAACAAGGUACCAACAAAGAGGUGGAAAUUGUUACCACCGUAAAGGAAUACGAUUUACAAGAAAUUGACGCCGCUAUCAAGUCCACUUUUACUAACUUGGCCAUGAUGGGGUUCAUGCAUUUAUAUAUGAAAUAUACUAACCCAUUAUUCAUGCAAUCCAUCUCUCCAAUCAAAUCCGCAUUGGAACAUAAUGAAGUUCAAAUUCAUUUGUUUAGUAAAGCCGCUACUGGUGACUUGAAGAGACCUUUCAAGACUCCUUCAUUGAUGGACAGCUUCAUGAACGCAGGUGCAGGUGCUACCGCUCAAUCUGCAGAUGUCGAUGAAGAAUUACCAAAGAUUGAAGAAAUUGUUGAAGAUAAAGCCGCUGAAGGUAUCAAGACCGAAUAA